AUGAGCAAGCAUGAGGCCGAUGCUCGGGCUUCGAAGUUGCAGAAAAUGAGAGAGGAGUUAAUGGAAAAAGAGCGACAGGAGAUGGAGGCCAGCAAGGUAUCGGUCACUAAGGAACAAUUCUGCCCGCCUAGUAGACAUCGACCGGCUUUGAAUGGAAGUUCAGCGUUUGCUGAGUCAAUGAGCCAACACAAAGGCAAGGAUGCUGUGGACACAAGGCGAGCCAAAGUGAAGCAGCUCACAUUGCAGUAUUCAGCUGAGGAGGAAGCCAAGAUAGACGCGGCCAGAUUCAAGAAGCCGGGCAAGUCGGCUAAAACCGUUGACAUCCGUGAGAUUACCAAUAGGCUGUAUGCUGAUGGAGAGAAGAGGCGUGCUAAGUUGGAGCAAAUGCAGGAGGAGGCCGAGCUGAGGGAGAUUGCUGAGUGCCAAGGAUUUCGUCCGAGAGUCUCUCAAGGAAGUACUUUCCAACCUCUCGCCAGGGUCCCGAGGAUGGAUAAGAGAGAUCGAGAUGUCACCGGUUCGAUUCCUGGGACCAGCAUGAGCGCCAAAAGGAAGAGCGCUGGUCAUCAACGUCUGUAUGCCGAGUCGCAGGCUCGAAAAGAGAGGAUGGAGAAGUUGGCCCAGGCCGUGAAAGCGGAGGAGGACAAGGAAUGUACCUAUCAGCCCAACUUGCGGAAGUCAUUGGGCCGAUACAGGCCCACGAGCAGUUCCAAUUUGGGUGGCCGCAGAUCUCCGAUUGGCAGUGGUGGGGUUCAUGAGAACCUCUAUCGUGAGAGGGCUGCCAGAGAUGAGCGCAUCCGGAAGAUGAGAGAGGAGAAAAAAGCUCUGGAGGUUUGCAUUAUGGGCUCUCGAAGUACCCCUAAAACGCCGAUGGGGAAGGAUCUUCAUGCCUCCUUCCACGAUGAGGCGCAUAAGCGGAAGGCGGAGGCUGAAGCUGUAGAGAAGGAGAAAGAGGAGAUGGUUAAAUCACUCCCCCAUGCCUCCAGGAGGACACCCGUCGGAGUUGGUCUAAGUGAUGGUCUUUUAUUUGAGGAGUCCAAGAUGAAAAAUGAUGAUGCUUUGAUGAUGAGAGUGAAGGAAAAGGAAGAGAGAAAGGCGGCUGUCCUUGACAAGGGGAACAUCGAUAGGUCCUCUGCCAAUCGUCGAGCUCGAAGUUGUGACUCUACUAUGGCUGGUCGUAGAGGAGUUAGUCGACUUGAAGCGAAAACCGAUGGAGUCGAGGGCCAAACACGACCACCAGAGGUGUUCUCCAUCGACAUUCCUGAUGUGACUCCUGACAGCAGCUCGAGGAGUUCGAGGCCUCAUUCAGCCGACCAGCCUAGGAGAUCAACACAGAAGAUCAUCCUAGGCUUCAAGGAAGAAGUGAAGAUCCCGAAAAGGAGGAAGCCUGUUGAGGCAUCUCGACUGGAGACCGCUCCAGACCAACCGGAUGAGGAGAGGGAGGCCCCUGUGGAGGGACUCGCCAGGGUCAUCCUAUCCGACAUUAUAACAAUUGUAGAGGAGAAGACGACGGUGACCAUCGACAGUUAA